CCGCUGGACUCGCAUCCAACCGAAGAAUAGGCAGAGGCCUACUACUUCAGCUUAUCAGACGCAGCGCGGAGCCUCCAGAUCGAGUGCUGCAGAUAGACUAGAGCUAGCUUGCUUCCUCUGUGACCCCGAUUCAUUCCCAAGGACGACUCGGUGGUGGUGCCACUGGUGCGGCGGCUUCAGACUCUCAGUUCAGAUCAUCAGCCAUGGCUCUGGACGCGAGGUCGUCCCUGCCAGCGGUGUCCUUCGGCCCCGUCCUGGACGCCAGCGGCGGCGCAGCGAGGGCGUGGUCCGGGAACGGCAGCGGCGGCGGCGCUCCGUCCGCGACGGCGGCCGCGUCCGUGGACGUGCCGGCGCUGUGGAGCGACGAGGGGCGGAUGAAGCGGGAGCUGGUGGCGUGGGCCAAGGCCGUGGCGUCCAUGGCCGUCAGGGAAUCGACGAUGCACGGCUAAAAUUUCCAAGGAAUUAAACAUUUUCGUGGCAGCGAGGUAGGAGCGGAUCAAUUUUCGCGACGAAGCAUCGUCGUCUGACGCGCGGCGGUGCCCCUGCUUCCCGAACGUGCUUGUUUGCUCGAUCGAUUCCCGAUCGGCUUGUACAUGACUUCUUUUUAAAAAGGAUGGAAGAGAAUUUUGGCCGCAGAUGUGUAAUAUAUCUUCAGGCCUUUGUUUUUAACGAGAUGAUUAAUUUGACUACAAA